ACAAAAGAAACGCAGAUAUCCCCACCCACGUAUUGCUAGCUACUAGCUCGGCCUAUAUAAACCAACGGGCAUCUCGCAAGUCUUCAUUCUACAGACGCCAGUUCAGGUAUUAAGUUGGCAUAUAAAUAUAUCGCUCAGUUAUUCGCGAGAUUUGUUUGAAUCCAUUCAGCAGGCAACGCUUACUUAGUCAAAUCGAGUAAAAAAAUCGUUGCGAUCACAGAUCUCGAGAUCCUUUCCUAUCCCACACUACUACCUUACAGUAUCCAUUCACCAAUCUUUCAACCUUUCGUCUAAACUGUCUGGAACACAAUCAUUUCGUACAUUUUCAGUCGAAAAGAAAAACAAAGAGAAAUUCUUCGUCGAGGAAGAAUCGUUUUUUGCUACUGCUGAUCUACGUCGAUUCAAUAGAGGCAUCCACAGGAUCCAUAGGGACCAUUUCUUUUAUGCAAAAGCUUGCUCAGAUGUUUGUAAACAAGAUGAAAGCUGCCGUAGUAUUCGCAGUUAUUUUACUGACUGUUCUGUUCAUCGCCGAUUGUUCCUAUGCUGCUGCCAUGAAAUCCGAGGAAUUCGCUCAACAACUCGAGAAGAUUAUCAAGGAGAUGCACCUUGACAAUCGGCGGUUACGAAGGGCAACUCAAAGCAUAUACGAUCGGCCAAAUACAAUUUGCUACGAUACACCGUGCGGAUGGAAUACCUACGACUCUGAGACACGGCAGACCACAGAAUUCGCUGAACAAGAGAAGAUUAUCAAGGAAAUGCAGCUUGACAACCGGCGGUUACAAAGGGCAACUGUAAGCGUAGACAAUCGGCCAAAUAGAAUUUGCUACGAUACACCGUGCGGAUGGUAUACCUACGACUCCUUGACACGGCAGACCACAGUUUUCAUGCCGAAUACCUGUAAAUGUCCUGACGAAACGUACAAGUGUGUGCGUACAGGCGAAAAGGUGUCUAUGAGUGCGUACAUAUAUCACUGUCGACAAAAUACAACGGCGGAUGACAUCGAGGCAGAAAUGUUUGAUGAUAUGGAAUAUCUCAUGUAAGAGAGGCGCAGAUAUACUUGAGCGACCAGUGGUUUUUCGCUGUUGCCGCCAUCGCGCCGAACGGAGCAAUUCUCAAAUUUUGUAUCGAGAUAAAACAUAUAUAGUUGAAAUAUAUAUCGAUUAUAUUAUACCAAUUGUAUUAACCACUAAUGAUUUGAAUACUUUUAACAAAUCCUGUAGUAAAUGUUGUAGAGUAAAAAUAAAUGGGAAUAAAUA